AUGAGCCAGCUGAAUCUCAAGAUAGAUUUGAAGAGUGUGAAAGAUGGGAUUCAGAAAGGGAUUCAGAAUGUGAUUACGAGUUUGGAAGUUGAGACUUUGGAUAAGAAAGUGAGAGAUGAUUUGAAGAGUUUGAGGGGGAAGAUUGAGGGGCUUGCGAAGGAUGUUGACAAGGACUCUAAUGUUCUUGUAAAAGAUGCUUUGGAAAAUCUUAAAAAACAAAAGGCAGAUAUAGAUAACCUAACCAGUUCAAGCGGAUCAAUUCAGAAGGCGGUGGAUGAUCUUGACAGUAAGUUUAAGCAGGAGAUUCAAAGUAAGCUUGAACAGAAAGUCACUGCAGUUGACUCGGCGAUUGGGACGCUUGGCGGGAAGUUUAGUGUAAAAGGCGAUCCAAAGAAACUUGAAGGUAUUUUCGGGCAUAUUAAAGGACAGGUUGGGGAUAUUCUGAACGGUGAUAAUGGCGAUAAAGGUUUGCAAGGCAUCGCUUCCGCAGUGAAGGUGUACGUCACGGCGGUUUUCGCAAAUAUGGGAAAUGAUAAGACAAUGGAUGACUGGCUACCUAAAAUUUUGGGGGACAAGGACAAUGCGGUGAAUGAUCCGGUUAAGCAACCAGUUAAGCGGUGGCUUGAGAAGUAUAUUAGCGGAAACUCGGCACAUUCAAUCAGUUCGUCUAACACUGCAGAGACAAUCUGUACAAUUAAGCACCAGAUUAAGACGAAGCUUAAGGAAGCCAAGGUGUAUGAGAAUGUUAAGUCACAGCACAAUGUCCAAGCAAAGGGCCAAGUUGCAACUGAUUUGGGACAGCUCAAAAACUUUCUGGAGGCAUACGCUAAGAAGCUUGAUGAGAAACUUCAGCCCGAGAGUGGUGGUAGUGACGCAAGUCAGUUCGUCGAUGGUUUAGUAAAGCAGGUUGGGAACACACACGGCCCAAAUACCAAAAACGAAUACCUCACAUUCAUCGUUGAAGCGAUACUUGUUGCCAUUUCCGCUAAGGCCAGGAGGGCCGGUGAGGAGAUUGAUUCCCUUCUUCUUAACGCCGGCAGGGUGGGCAACGGCACCAACGGUAAAAACAGCAUUGCAGAGGAAAUAGAUAAUGCUUUAAAGAUUGCAAAGACGCUUAACACUCAGUUUGAAGGGGCGACUACCAAGUCCGUCCCUUCUGUCCCACCAGGAGGCCAAAAGGAAAGCCUCGCCCAAGCCGUGGACAGUAAGUUGGAGGACGUGAAGACUUUUGUGAGUGGGAAGAAUGGUGAUGAUAAUAAUAUUACCAACAGGUUUGAGGAUAAUGUCAUACAUGAGCUUAAACAAGCGGUAGGAGGUCUUGAACCCGCCGUCACAGAAUUCAAUAACAAAGCUCAAGCACAGAUCAGGGCUGCGGCCAAUACGGCGAUUCAGAAGGCGGCUGAGCAAUUCCAGAUGGAUGGUAAUGGAAGGGAUAUUAGCGUGGAGAAAACGAUGCACAAAUUUCACCAAGCGUAUGAUUCCAUAAAAAAGAACUUAAAGUCGGACCUUGAACAGAAAGUUGAUGCGGAGUUGCCAAAUGCCGAAGGAACAAAUGCAAGUACUCAUGUGAAACUUGAUGAUACUAAAAAUUUCGGCAGUUAUAAUACAUACGUCACACAAAAUAACGAGGACCUUAAGAAGGGUGAGUUAAAAGGCGUUAAUUCCGAGGGAAAACUUCCAGCGGCGAUCGGGGACAUCAAGACUCUGGGUCUGGCGGCGCUUAAAAUCAUUGAUCCAAAAGGAAGUGGCCCACCAGAUCAGAAGAUUACCGAAGCAACCUUCACCGGUGCGUUCGACAAAAUUAAGACACAGCUUGAAGAUAUCAAGAAAUUGGUUGAUGAUGACGGCUUCUUUGGCAAGGACGAAAAAGGCGUCCAAAAGCUUCUGGGUAAGCUUAAAAGUGCGCUUGAUUCAGGAAUGUUGGAUGGAGCUCCAAAAGGUUUGGAUGAAAUUAUAAAGGCGAUUGACGGCCUGCAAAAAGGGCCGUUUCACCAACAACCCGCUGCAAUUGACUCAGCCAUCUCAGAAAUUAAGGGGGAGAUUGAUAUACUGAAAAUUAUACUGAAAAAUGAUAAUAAGAAUAAUGUCGGGACGAAUGGCGUAAUUGACGACUUGGACAAUUUAAAAUCAGUUGGCCUCGACGGCAAGAGUACCUGGAAGAACGGAGUCAGUGGUCUAGGGAAGAUCCAAGAUUACCUAGAAAAAGAUAAUGAGAAAUUGCCCGUGCAAACGGACAUCAUCGCUUACGCCAUACUUGACAUUCAGAGUGAGCUUGGGAAAAUAGGAAUAAGGUUAAAUCACCCCCUGGACUACAAUGACGUCAUAGACCUCUUGGGCCGCCUGGCGCAAAUGAUCGGCCAAAGCAAGCAGGGAUACAGGAGCAACCUGAAGGACAUUCAAUAUACGAUUGCAUGGCUGCAAAGGGAGCAAUUUACCAAUUGUCCCCAAAACAUCCGUGAAGCCAACUCAGCAAUCAAAGGAGAACUUGAAGCGCAGAUGAACACGUUGAACAGUGGUGUCAUUGCAACGCUGGGUGACUUGAAGGACAAGGGGCUGAGUGAACAGGCAAGUUGGAAGCCUAAUGGACAGAAAGAAGCAAAGGGUUUUGACCAUAUUAUUAGUGAACUUAACACUCAACAAGGCAUAUUGAAAGAUCAACAUCCGGCAAUCGGCGUUGGCGUCACCCAAAUCACCGGUGAGCUCACAAAGCUUCAGACGCAGUUGGAAAAGGAUGUCACCGAGAAGCUGAGAAAGCUGAAAGACCAUGGCCUUGAAAAAGGCGAACAACCAUGGAAUGAUAGUGAUUUCAAAACAGGCCUCACUCAAAUCACCGCAGAGAUCGAGAACAUAAAAACCACGGACGUUAAGGACGUGAGGGACAAACUCAACGAGCUGUGCACAGAAAUUCGUACCUUAGCGAGGGAGGCAAAAAGGGACUUGAAACAUCUGAAAAAAAUACAGGCUGGAAUAUGA